UCUAAAGAUCGGCGCUAACACACUCUCACAGACUUAUUUAAAGUCACCGCUCCCGUUCAUUUACACAGGAGCUGGAUCGUGGCCUGUUCAUUGAUGAACAUGACGCCGUUUGUAAUAACUUUUAUUUAUGUCUCGGUGUUAUUUGCGGGCAUUUGUUGCGACAAUGACACAGAGGAGAAUGAGCACGCCAAACACACGUACACAGCGGAGAUGUUUAAUGAUGCCGUGUCCACAACUCCACACUUCGUUAUGUUCUACGCGCCCUGGUGUAGUCACUGUCAGAGGCUCCAGGGCACAUGGAACGAGCUGGCCGAGAAAUACAACAGUAUGGAGUCUCCUCCAGCGUAUGUUGUGAAAGUUGACUGCACCAAAGACACAAAUUUCUGCUCCAAUGAACAAGGCAUCCGCGGAUACCCCACUCUGAAGCUGUAUAAGCCGGAGCAGGAGGCGGUGAAGUAUCAGGGCCCAAGAGACCUGCAGUCACUGGAGACCUGGAUGCUGAAAAUCCUGCAGGAGGAGCCUGAGGAGCCUCAGAGCGAGCCUGAGCCACCCAAAGUCCCUGAACCCAAACAGGGCCUGUAUGAACUCACAGCCGCUAACUUCAAAUCACACAUCUCUAAAGGUUCUCAUUUUGUGAAGUUCUAUGCGCCGUGGUGUGGUCACUGCAAAGCCAUGGCUUCUACAUGGGAGCAGCUCGCCACCAGCUUUGAACACUCAGACACCAUCAAGAUCAGCAAGGUGGAUUGUACGCAGCAUUAUGAGGUGUGUUCAGACAAUCAGGUGCGCGGUUACCCUACACUACUGUUCUUCACUGAUGGAGAGAAGGUGGAUCAGUACAGAGGCAAGCGGGAUCUGGACUCAUUUAAAGAGUUUGUGGAUAAUAUUGUGAAAGCUUCAGCAUCUAAAGAUGAACCAGCAGCAGAGGAGGACCACGAUAAUAACAUCCCACCCAGUGUUGAGCCCGACAAACAAGAGUCCAAUGUUCUGGUGCUGACCGAGACCAGCUUUGAUGAGACUGUAGCCAACGGUUUCAGCUUCAUCAAGUUUUAUGCCCCCUGGUGCGGUCACUGUAAGAAUCUGGCACCUACAUGGGAUGAUCUGUCCAAGAAAGAGUUUCCAGGUCUGACUGACGUGAAAAUCGCUAAAGUGGACUGCACUGUGGAGAGGACGCUCUGCAACAGAUUCUCUGUGCGUGGAUAUCCAACACUCCUGAUGUUCCGGGCGGGGCAGCAGGGGGAGGAGCAUAAUGGUGGGCGGGACUUAGAGAGCCUGCACAGUUUUGUGAUGAAGCAGGCCAGAGAUGAGCAGGCCAAAGAUGAGCUGUAGCUCCGCCCCCAUUCUCCAUCUCACCACAAACCUACACACAUCUGUCUCCAUAUAGCAUACUGUCAAACGGACUGCUAUUGUUUAUUUUUUGUUUUUCAUUUGUCUCAUAUCUGCUCAGGUGAAAACAAUCCAUUCUGCAUAUCACAUAAUGAAAAACUAAUGUAAAUCAGCGCAACUUGUCAGAUCAUGGACCAGUUCAUAAUCAUUAGUAACGGACAACCACAUUACUAGUAUUUGUACUUUAGAUUAAUUUUUCCUCCUUUUGAAGAAACAAUGAGUUUGAGUUUGGUUUAAAGAAAAUGUCACAAACUUUCAUAUUAUUCAAUCGGUUAUGAUGCAAAUUUUGUACAUGUAAAUUAUAUGAGGAAUUUCAGCUUACUUUGUUCUUAAUAUCUACUAAGAACAUGUGACCUCAGGGAGACCAUGUACUAUUUAAAGAGAACAACAUCAUGUACCUGCAGUCUUUUGUUUUUUUUUUUCAUUAUAAUGUAAAAUACUGUACAAAACACAAUUUCAAACCGCACUUUUUAUCUAUAUGUGCUCUUGUUGAUGAAACUUUGAACGUGUUUGUUGUAAAGAUGGUUUUGUAUUUGUUGUACCUUUCAUUAGCUUGGUUCAAAGGGGCAAAAGUGGCAUAAGCCAGACUAAAAUUGUUUGCUGGGUUGGUUAUCUCCCAAACUGGCUAUGAUGGGUUUUAUCUGGUUUAAGUGGUCUCUUAACCAGGCCAGUCUAACCAGCUUGGUGGCCAGCUGAGACCACCAAAGCACUUUAGUCUGGUUUAAGCUGUUUUUUUCCAGCAGGUAGGCCAUUUGCUUAACAUUUCAGAGAGGUUUACUCUUCAAAAGCCUUAAGUUCUUUUAAAGGUAUUUGAAUGGGAUAGCCACAGCAUUUCACAUUUUUUUUAUUUUUCACCCCCAGCAAUAUGGAAAAUUUCAAAUAUACGGUACAGAAAUAUGGUUUACCUAACACAUCUUCAGUUAUAGUGAGCUUGUGACAGAUAAAAAGUUAUGAUACCGUAGAAUCUGUUUCUUAAAACCGCUGAUAUGGCUUUAUUUGGCCUGUGAUACAUUUAUAAUGUAAUUAUUAUAAUUUGUUUUGGCUUAGAAUUGCCUUUUUAUGUUGUUUAAAUGAGUCCACAAUCUCAUUAUUUUCUCAUUUUUGUCUUUAUGUUGUGUUCACAGCUUUCACAUGCAGUCAAUGAUUUUAAUACUACUUCUGACCCGACUAAAACAUUUUCUGAUGGUGAAAUUCAGACACUAGCGGCGCCUGGUAAUCCUAGCUAAAGAAACACUGAUAGUGCUCACAUAUGGUUUUAUUGAUUUGAACAAAAUGUCAUUUGCAUUUUUCCUUUCAAAUGUUCACACACUGAGAUGUUUAUUUUUCUCUUUUACUGGAUCUGAAAGUGAAGGAAGGGAAAAGCAAUCAGACAAACCACACAUAUUCACUGCAAUCUUUAUGAGAGGCAAGCCGACCCCAGUGAAAAAAGAAAAUGUAUUUCUGUCUCUAUGAGAGGGGUACACACACUGCCCGGGGGGGUUUGUACAAAAAUUUCAUAAUAAAAUUACUUUUUUUCCAAAAAUAGAUGUUUAAAUGUUUCUGUUAUUCUUUGUCUUUGUGGUAUAUGGUUCAUAAAAAGUGCAAUAAAUAAGCUGUAAAAUGUACAAGUAUUUACACACAGAUGUCUAAACAUGACUGAGACAUGUAAACAGCAGUUUACCCGAGGCAUGGGAUAGAAUUAGGAAUGGGAAUUGUAAGUAAACGAUUCUGGUUCAUUAACAGUUUUAAUUCAUUUAGUCAUUUUGAGGACAAUGAAAGAAUGGACAAUGUUUUGAAAAUGGAAGUGACGAUGUUUCUUAUUGCAUGCUCUUGUCAAGUUAUAAGAAAAUUGAAGAUGUCAAUUGUCCACCAUCUUGAAAGAACAUACAUUUGUAAAUGGAAUUUUAUGAUUCUUAAAACAAAAUACAAAAAGAAGAAAAAACAGGUAAAUACUAUUUUACAUUUAUUGUAGCUAGCAGCUUCACUCCUCAACCUCUCCUAAACAUACUUUAAGAUUGACUUUCUGUGAGGCAUGUCAUGUGAAAAGUUGCACAUGGACUUCUUGCACAAAAAUGAUAAAUUAGACACUCCAAAAUUGAUAGUUGAUUCACGUGCACAUUACGUGCUCUUAUCAUCGUGACAGCAUGACUAUGGAGGCCCGUUUCCGGCAUGUGAAAAAACAAAAAAUGCUUUGAUAAAUUAUGACUCAAAGUCCGAGAAUCAGAAUCAGGGUUAUCAUUUUGUGAUAAAAGUCAUAAUUGUGAGAUAAGUAAAAAUUGUGAGAUAUUAAGU